AUGAAGAUCGUGGCCUAUGGCUUCGUAGCCCACUCCCGCGCCUACCUACGAGAUCCAUGGAACUGGGUGGACUUCACCGUGGUGAUGGUGGGCCUGCUGGACACUGCGCAGGUGGAGGCCUUGUCCUUCUUGAAGCCCGCUCGCGUGCUGCGGCCGCUCCGAUCGCUCUCCGCUGUGCCCGGGAUCCGGCACUUGUUCCGCACCAUCAUCCUCUCGCUCCCCGGGCUGAAGGACUCGGCUAAAACCACUUGGCAAGAGGAUUCUCCGGUAAGACAGGAUGUGGUGCUCUUGGCCUUGUUCCUCCUGGUGAUGUUCGGCGUCCUCGGGUCAGGGGCUGGGAAAGUCUCAGCAUCUCAGUUCAAGGCCUAG